AUGGGCCCUGUGCUGCAGGGAGAGGUGUUCUCCAUCGCCGUCUUCGGGCCCAUAGUCAACGAGGGCUACGUGAACACCGACAGCGGCCCCGAGCUGCGCUGCGUCUUCAACGGGAACGCGGGCGCCUGCCGCUUCGGCGUCGCUCUCGGCCUGGGGGCCUUCCUUGCCUGCGCCGCCUUCCUGCUGCUCGACGUGCGCUUCCAGCAGAUCAGCAGCGUCCGCGACCGCCGCCGCGCGGUGCUGCUGGACCUGGGCUUCUCAGGGCUCUGGUCCUUCCUGUGGUUCGUGGGCUUCUGCUUCCUCACCAACCAGUGGCAGCGCACGGCGCCCGGGCCCGGCACGCUGCAGGCGGGAGACGCGGCGCGGGCCGCCAUCGCCUUCAGCUUCUUCUCCAUCCUCAGCUGGGUGGCGCUCACUGUGAAGGCCCUGCAGCGGUUCCGCCUGGGCACGGACAUGUCGCUCUUUGCCACCGAACAGCUGGGCGCCGGGGCGGGUCAGGCCUAUCCUGGCUACCCGGUGGGCAGCGGCGUGGAGGGCACCGAGACCUACCAGAGCCCUCCCUUCACCGAGACCCUGGACACCAGCCCCAAAGGGUACCAGGUGCCUGCCUACUAG